GAAAUAAACGGCUGUAAGGCUGACGGAGGACUGGAGGACAUAAUCUGAGAUUCCUUAUCUCUAACACCUUCGUCGUACGUUGUAGCUUAAUAAACCGUUGUCUUUGUUUAUUUGACCCGGAGGACGAGAGUUACGCGUGUCCCGACGACGCGGUGAACCGACACAAAUCAACCAGAGACAUGAAUAUAAAACAUUUUACGGUUUAAAAAUAGUAGUUAAUAAGCCAUGACGUACGGUCCAGCCGACUCUAGCGCUGAAGAGUCUAGGACGUCGGAGGAUUGAGGAAUUGCGAAGGAUAAAUGAAGCUCGAAAGCCACAGACACAAGCAGGAACUGAAAAUAGCCGCGUUACACCUCUAUGACGCCGUCAACACCGAGCGUACCCGACAUCUGGUCAUGCGUACAUGCUGAAUCGGGACUAUUUAUCAAAAAUGAUCUUUAGAUUGUAUUUAAAAUGUACUUUUAGUCUCAAGAACUGGGAGAACUAGACACGUGGUUAAUACGACUUAUAAUCGAUCUCACGUGUCACACGUGAGAUGUUAAACGGAUUCGCGCAUUAACGUGGAAAACGAUAGGUAAAAAUAAUGGUGAGGUAUUUUAAUGAUUAUAUUUGAAGGUCAGGUGUCGGUGAGGCGGACUGGAGUGGGCACGUGGGUGCACGUGGGUCGCACUGAAGGAAACUUUCAAAUCACUUUUGUCUUCGUUUUUUCGUGCAUAUUUAUGAAUGGGGGGGGGGGGGGGGUUAGUAGAAGCAUUUCCUUUCGGUAUCACUGACGUCUGCUCUCCAGAGUGUGUAAGGAUCCCUUCGAGAGGUCACUUUACUUAAUCUGCACUACUUAUUGGAAAGGUCUGAAGAGUCUCCAGAGAUGAAAGUAUUUCCCCCUCUCACUGUAGGUCCAAUUUGUGACUCAUUAGCAUGCAGUAGCAUGUUUAGUCAGGUGUGUGAGGGGAAAAUGGAGCUCUGUUUAAAAAGCAUACAUCCCAACCGAACAAGCACGAAGAUGGUUAUAUGUUUAUAAAAGUCUCCGAUCUGAUCUGAAAUCUAAUAAUCAUUAAGGAGUACUAUAUAUUAUAAUGAGCUAAUUCCUCGUGAGCUCCACAGAGCACUGGUUAUGGACAUCACUCCAUUCAUUUGCCAUCCUGGAGAACAUUCGCUCCACAUACCCUGCCGAGACCAGUACACUCAGGUUGUAGAAGAUGAUUGACAGCAUAUUUAGGAAAUACAGCGAUCCACCCAUCCACUUGGCAGCCAUAUACAUGUCCUUGCAUCGAAGAGAACUGUGUGUACUUGAAGAGCUUAAGUCAUUAGUAGAAACCUAAAAAAAAAAAAAAAAAAACACUUACAUGUCAUUACUUGACACAGACAGAUUGUUAUUGCUGGACAAAACACGCCUACCAUUCAUUACAUAACCCAUAUGUGUGCUCUAUUUAGCCAAAAGUGCUAGUUUUGCUAAGCCAAUGGACUAUUUUUUACACUUCCACGUAAGCAAAAGCCGUGCAGUCACACACAAAAGAUAAAUAAAGUAAGUGUGAGACUGUUUUACUCUAUCCUAAGACAAGAUUCGUAACCGAACUCGCAGAAAAUGGAGCCCAACUCAAAUGGUAUGCCAACUUGAACUUCUCAAAAUAAUAAUAAUAAUAAUAAUAAUAAUAAUAAUAAUAAAUACAAUCAGAAAGUAGGCCUACACAGUGGUAUCUGUAAAAUAAUUCCAAAUCCAAGUCAGACAAUCUGAUCCAAUAUUACUAUCGCGACAUUUCAAGGCGUUUUAGUGUUUGAGUGCCAGCUGUCACAGUGUUUAAGAUUGUGCAUUACUAAUUACACCGACGUGCUGCUGAAUUCUGGAUUCCGAUUGGUCAGAUGGUAGUGCGGCUGCAGAUCACAGGUUUAUAUUAAUGCACCUGUUCUAACACUGUUUCUAUGGUAACAACUCCCCAUAGAAACACUUGGAUGAUGGACGCGCCACUUAAUAUAAAGUGGAUGGAAAUAAAUAAAUAAACAAACGGAUAAAUAAAUAAAUAACGUGUUAUGUAACGAAGAAAAAUAUACAAUCGCUUUUCUGGUCGUUCAUCCUCUCACUGUGAAGUUUUCUUUUCCGGAGAGACUUUUAUUGAACGUUUACGGAAGGAGUCUCCAGUGUCAGCGGACAUCUUCAGGGCAGAGGAGUCUCCGUGUGACACGCUGCAUUAUCUUCUACUUUUAUUUAUUUAUUUAUUUAUUUAUUUAUUUAUUUAUUUAUCUGAUUAACUGAGAGAGAGAGAGAGAGAGAGAGAGAGAAGAGAAGCCGGUGAGAGAACGAUUGUUUGUCUGUGUUAUAACUGAACAUGAAAUGAUGAUAUAAACAGAUUUAAAAAAAAUAAAUAAAUAAAAAAGUACACUAUAUUGUAAUUGUUUUAAUACAUAAAAAUGUGUGAAACUGCUGUGGUAUAAAAGGAAUAAAACACUUCGGGACGUGCUGACACUGGUAACACCACGCCAUUCCUUCAGCGUGGUGUAUUCAUUGCUGUUUUAUCUUGGGUAUUUUUUCUUCCAUGUCACUCAUAAGCGUGUUCAGUGUAGAUUAAUAAUCCACCGACUGGAUCAUUAUGGCUGAGCUGGACUCCAGGCUUGCACACCUGGUCUCUGUAGCUCUGAACAGAGAAGCUGUUUGUGUUGAGAGUUCCUGAUGGGAGCUCAUUUGUGGAGGAGGAGGAGUCUCUCUGUGGUGUCCUGCUCCUCCUCUACAUCACUCCUGUACACUAUUCAGAAAGCACUCCUCCUCAUUUGGAUGAAACAGCACCUCCUGUCCUCUCUCCUCUCUCCUCUCCUCUUCAGUACCUCUUCUGGAUUUGACAAUAAGGGCUGUGAGAGGUGGACCAUAUAACGAAGGGGGAAAUAAUGGGGCUGUUCCAGACAUCCGCGGGUUAAUAUGGACAUUACUGACAUUACGUGCACUUCAGUGAUCCUCGCUGAAGCGUUUCUGCAUCGUUGCGCACAGAAGCGCACACCGCGGCGGGGUCUCCGCGUCCCCAGCGCCGCUCUCAUGAUGGACGUCUGGCAGCUUCACCAGGCAUGAAGCAGCAACAUGGACGUAGACGCUUGGGUUUCUCUCACCGAGAACGUGACGUGGAGGUCACCGGGCUCCCCGAGCCUCUCCCCGGGGUUGGUGAACUCCAGCUCGGCGGUGAGCGUGUGGAGAGACGCGGAGCGGCCGGAAGAGAGAGCGUACCGAGACUUCGCCAUCUCCGCUCAGCUCCUCAUCCUCGCUGGGUCUCUGUUAGGCAAUGCGGCCGUGCUGUGGUGCACCUGCUGCACCAACGUCUUCAAGACAGUCACCGGACGCUUCAUUAAGACCCUGGCCUGCUCGGGAAUCUGCGCCAGCCUGGUGUGCGUGCCGUUCGACGUGCUCCUGAACGCCAGCCCUCGCUGCUGCCUCUGGAUCCACACGCCAAUGAUCUGUCGAACCAUCAAGUUCCUGCACAGGCUCUUCUGUUCGGUCACCGUGCUCAGCUUUGCUGCCAUCGCUCUGGACAGGUACUAUUCCGUGCUGUAUCCACUUGAGAGAAAAAUAUCAGACGCCAAAUCCAGAGACUUGAUCACAUACGUAUGGGUUCACGCUCUCGUGGCUAGCAUUCCCGUAUUCGCUGUCAGUAACGUCACCGACGUCUACGCCACCUCCACCUGCUCCGAAGGGUACUCUUUAGGCCACCUUGUUUACAUGGUGCUCUACAAUGUGACUACUGUGAUCUUACCCCUAGUGGCUGUGUUUGUAGCCAUGGCACUGAUCCGGCGGGCGCUGAGCACCAGUCAGAAGAAGAAGGUGAUCAUCGCGGCGCUGCGGACGCCGCAGAGCAGCGUCUCCAUCCCGUAUGUGUCUCAGCGUGAGGCUGAGCUUCACGCCACAUUGCUUGCAAUCGUCCUGGCCUUUGUGCUCUGUAGCGCGCCGUACAUCGUGCUGUUGGCAUACUGGGCACUUCCAAGCAUUGGCCAGGCCUCUCAGUGGCUGCGUCUAACUGCCAUCUGGCUGCCCAAAGUGUCUCUAUUCACCAACCCGCUGUUUUUAGUGAUGGUGAACCGGUCAGCACGGCGCCGCCUGCUGGACGCGCUGGCACACAUGCAGCGUCGCUACAGCCGGAGGAACAACUCGAUCGGUGUCGGAACAGCACCCGAGGCUGGAGCGCUGGGUGGGGAGGUGCUCGCCCGCUCAGGCAGCCAGCUGCUUGAAAUGUUCAACAUUGGCCAACGCCAGAUCUUCAGGCCAAACGAAGAGGAGGACGAAGAAGAGGUGAACGAAAUCGCAGCGGUAGCCAAGUUCCAGCCCAGACCUGAACAAGGGGCUGCAGCUUCAGUAGGAAUGGCAGGAGAAGGAGGGAAGGAAGAGGGUUUAGCUCUGCCAAAACAUUCCCCUAUUCAAUACUGUGCAUACUCAUCCUCACAGGUAGCUCCUGCCACACCGACUGACCCUGAAGAUGCCUCCCAGUUCGGGUUCGGUCCAUUCGAGCUGCCCCCACAGUGGCUUCCUGAAACCAGAAACAGCAAGAAAAGACUGCUGCCUCCGUUGGGUAACACUCCCGAGGAGCUGAUCCAGACCAAACAGUCCAGAGCGCGACCCGAGAGGCGCAUCAGCAGGAACAACAAAGUCAGCACCUUCCCCACUGUGGACCCCUGAGACCCUCGCCAAGCACCAUGAACAAAUCUAUAUAAAAUGUAAAGUAAUAAUUUAAAAAAAAAGCAACAACCUCGAUUUGUUUUUUUAAACAAAAUGCCAUUCUUUGCCAGCAGGAGAGGGAUCUUUUGAUUGUGCUGUAUGUAGCUAGACGUUAGCUAAUCUCAGGCUCCAGAAAACUGUUAAGGGAAUGAGUUGCUCUUUUACAGAAAUGACAGAAUUUCUAACGAAUUGUAUAGAAUUAAGCUCACUGUAUUUGGAAAUAAAAAAAAAACGACCUGAAA